AUCCAACUCAAGGCAUGGAUGUUUGGUAUGGUGCCAGUGGUGUUCAGGUCGACGUUUCUCCAAAGGAUCCAACAGUGAGAGUGGGGUCAAACUUCACUUUCAUGUGUCGCGUGGGAAAGCCACUCAUGUACUGCCGCAUUGAGAUUCCAGGAUUGAGUAAUGGCCUCAACAUGAAUGAGAAAGUCCCAAAGACCAGUGAUUACUGGUAUGCAGGUGAAGGCAUCGAAUAUGGCCAGUGUGGCAUCACCAUUAGCCGAAUGACAGACAGACAGAAUGGCCAAUUCAAAUGCAUGUUGGGUUUCUCAGAUGAGCAGAAUGAGUCGCAUGGGGCCACCAUCGUUACAGUUGCAAGACCCCCACGAAAUCGACCCGAGCUCACGAUCACUCCAGAGGUUGAUCCUCGGUUUGGAACAUACACUGAGGGCACAUCUAUAAAAGCAAUGUGCACAGUGACAGAUGCACGCCCAGCAGCCAAUCUUUUAUGGUUUAUGGGUGAUGAUCAGAUUACGGAUGGAGUUGGUCGCCCAGAAAUUGUGGAAUCACCAACAGAUUUAUUCACGGUUCAUCAGAAUCUCACUCGCAGGCUGACCUGGAGGGAUAAUAGAAAAGAUCUGAAGUGUGUGGCGACACAUAUAGCGCUAGAUGGUGAAAUGAAACCGACAGUGAUACAGAUUAGUGUGAGAUUUGCACCUCGUCCAGUAGAUGGAAUAAUUGAACAGUUUGGAUUUAUAGUGGGAGAGGAAGGCAUUAUUUCUGUCCAAAUUCAUGCCAAUCCUAAACCUAAACUCACAUGGAUUAUUGAUCAAGAUAGCUUUCCUGAAGGAAGUAUGGACCUUACACAACGAUUUGAGGCUACCUCAGCAAGGGACAUGGGCAAUGGUACAUGGGAAGCACAGCUGCGCAUAAUGCGAGUCACUGCUGAGGAUGUGGCUAGAAAUUAUAUUUUGAGAGCAAGAAAUGAAGUGGGUGAACAGCAGUAUACAGUGAGAAUUUCCACCAGUGCAGAACCACAAGGAUCACUGGAACUUGGAACUGGUCCCAUCAUUGGAAUUGUUGUGGCUAUCCUUGUGCUGCUUAUCAUCAUCUUUAUGCUCAUUUUUGCUCGAGCAACAGGCCGUUGGUGCUUCUCAGCACGUGGCGCUGGUCGCAGCGGCACAAGCCACUCAAGCAGUGAAGCUCAUAUUGAUCCUGAGAACCAGCAUCAUGCCCAUACUGAGAAAACUGCACCAGGCCGCCAAGGAGAAGGGGAGGGGGGUAUGGAAAACCCAUCAGUCAAUCACAACAUCAGCUCUGAGUAUAUCAAUGGCAACAAUCCACAGGAUGCAAAGAAGAAUGACAAGGACACACCUGUUUAAGAGAUAUGUUUUCAAAGUUUGGGCAAAGGCAAUGGAUUUUAAUAUGAUGGCAUGCUGAUUUUGUAACCUGUAAUUCUGCAGAAGUUGACGAGGGCUUAUAAAAGCAGUUUGAAAAUAGUUAGAGACUAUAGGUUUAGUAUACAGACAUGGAUAUUGUACGUAAUAAAUACAAAUCUUUUGUCCUAGAUUCCAUAAGGAUGCACAUUAUUUAACAGUGAUUUUCUUUGGAUUACUGAUUCUUAUUUUACAGUUAUUAUUGCAAUUUUUAGUGAAGUUUUUAUUUUGGUUAAUUUUUCCAUAACAAAGGCGUUAUAAACUAACACAUUCACUAACCAAUGUGUAAGUGCCACUUUAAACCUGUGGGCCAAGCAACCAUGCCAAAACAUUUUUUUUAUUUUAAAAACUAAUGAUUCUGUUUCAGUUCCUAAAAGCUUUUAUUAUGAUCUGUGAAAGUUUUAUGGCCAUCAGAUGACAGAUGGAAAAUCAUAAUAAUUUUUAUGAUCUUCUCUAAUGUCACCUUUGUUGGUACUGUGAGCAUGCCUGCUUAAGAGGCAGUGAGAAUGUUAGUUUAUAAACCAGAGUAUGAACAAUAAAUAUUUUAACUUCUCUUAGAAUACUUCUCAUAUUAGAUAUUGGACAUACUGUAUUUUAGUUUUGUUGAACAAGGUUACAGAAUCAGUUGUCCUUCAGCAAAUGUUUGGCAUUAUUCUGGACUACACUGAAAUUCAAAUAUCUAGGGUCCUUCUGAGAAAGGAUGUGUAAUCUCAGUUUUUAGUGUUGUGAAACGGACCCUUCGUAUUACAAGAAACAGACAUAAUGUGAAUCAUAAUACCAAAUGUAUAUGUGUGCGUGUUGAACUCUCAGUGCGGUAUGUCAGUUUGCGUACACAGUUUCUAUCAUGGCAGCUAAACUCAACUCACAGUCUCAUCUCCUGAUUGUUUGAGUGAGGCUUGUUUGUUCACUUUUGAUGUGUAAUAACAGUUUGUAUGUAACAUACUUGUUCAUAGCAUCAUGAUAUUUUUGUAUGUGUAAAUGCCUGUUUGAUAAGAAUAAUGAGGCUCGAGGACAUCCUUUGUGGUUUAGCUGGCACUGCUCAACCAACUCCCAGUACUAUUUCAUUGUUAUGGGUCCUCAGAAGUUAUCCAUUUGUUUCAACGGUAACAAUCAGAAAAUACUUUACUGUGAUUAGAGCUAGCCAUUUAGAGUAAAUGUCUGUGUUGGUAUUGUCUCUGGGAGAUGUUUUAAAAAUUCAGUAUAAAACAAUUAGGUUUCCUUAUACAGAUUCAUAAAUUACCAUUUGCUCAUGUCUUACUCUACUAAGUCUUCUUUCCUUAAUUAAAUUUUCUAGGAGGAAAUUGUAUUCAUGUGAUCCCAGACAUUUCAAUUGGGGUUUGUAUUACAUGAGCAGUCAUAAAAGAACAGUUAAUCAGUAAUUCAACAUAUGACAUUGAAAUCUAAACAUGUUAAUGAAUUUUUAUUUCUUAAGUCAUGAACUAUAAUUUUGUGAAACUCCUGAGUCAUGAAGCAGUCAAGCUAUGGAAAUUGUAUUUAUUUGGGUGUCCAAAUUAAGGAGAUGGGAUUAGCAGGGCAUGUAGUAAUCAUUGGGAAAUUGGUGUGAUGUGGACUGGAUUUAUCUGUCUUAGAGUAUGGACCAUUGGUGCUAUAUUGUGUUGGGAUAUUCGUGAUUGGCUGACUGACUGGUGGCUUCUCAUGAAGGACUCAGCUCCAUGGAGUUGGUUUAGUUAGUUGUCAUAGGUUGUGUUAGUACUUGAGUUGUUUUCCGCUUAGUUAUGAGGUUUUUUGCAUAUUCACAUAACAAGACCUCUGAAGUCUGUUUUAUCACAUGUAAGGGUUUACAUUAUGAAUGGAAGACAUGUUGGGUUAUCAGUCGGGUAUAACUAAGUGACUAAUUGCAUGGAGCUAAAUCUAUCUUCAGAAGCCAUCAGCUGCUCAACCACUCAAGAAUUUUCCAACAAUUUAUGGAACCUGAUGAUUUAUUUCCAUGUUAACAAGAAGCCAUCACUGACCCAGGUGAAUGCAGUCCAUAAUCCCCAUCCUAUUAUCUAAGAUCAAUUUUAAUAUUAUCCUCCCAUAUACAUCUAGGUCUUCCCAGUGGUUUCUUUCCUUCUGGUUUUCCCCUUGAAACCCUGGAUGCACUCCUCUUCUCUCCCAUGCCUUUUUCAUGCCCCAUCAAUCUCACCCUCCUUGAUUUGAUCAUUCCAAUCGCAUUUGCCAAGGAGUGCAAAAACAAAGCUCACCAUUAUGUAGUUUUUUUCCAGACUCCUAUUAUAUCAUCCCUCAUGGGUUAAAAUGUUCCCCUCAACACCUUGUUUUCAGACACCCUUAGUCUGUGUUUACCCCUAUACCGAAUUACAGGUUUAAUUAUAGUAAACUUUUCAAUGUUAGCUAUCUUUAGGUUAUGAUUUGUCCUGUAUUCUGGUGAUAAGACACCUUUACAUACUUAGUUUACUCUGUAUUUACUUCUAGACCAAUUUCAUUUAUCAAUUACAGUGAAAAUUUUGGGUUCUCCCCCUGUUUUGUUGUUAUUGAGGUAGGAAUUGUAACAAAUCUAGCAUAAAAAUUGUCUUACAUGAUGCUGUAUAAUAUGAAGUUUUAUGUAAAUUGUAAGUUGAUAUAAAAUCUACUGGGAGAAACAUACAAAUAUCAUGGUUAUAUAGGGAGGUCUGUCUGUUUUUAUAUUUCUUUCAUAUUCUUGUUUUGGUGUGAGUUUCCAUCAGUUUACUGAUUGUAAAUUGGAAUUCACUUCAUUAUGCAUGAGAGAUUUGUAUAUCUGGCAUAUAAUGGUGAUACUGUCCUUGACCCUCAUUGCUUUCACUCUGAGCAACAAGGCAGCCAACAAUGAGGAAAGAUACAAUAUGUAAAUCAAAGUAACAAAGAUGUUACUGUGUGCAUAGCAACACUGCAUCAACACUGCCUCACAAAUUCUGGAUUUAUGUUGGAAAUAGGAAACUGAGUGAACAACUCUAGAAGAGGAGCAGAAGAAUGUAUUGUGUGUGUUUUUGUGUGCUUACACUACGUGUGCAAGUUCUCAAGAAAUGUUUCUAGUAUCCAAUAUGUGACAUGUGGUUCCUGGCCAUGUGUGUUUUCUCUUGUGUAAAGAUUCAGAAAUAUGUUGCAUUUGCACAUGGUAAUUUAAUGACAAAUAUAAUAACUAUUCUCCCUUUUUAAGAGCAGGAACAGUGGUGUGGUAAAAUGAUAUCUCACCAAAGCUUUUAUGUGUUGUUAUAACUUCUGUAACAGUUCAAUUGCUGGAAUUAUAAGGGUUAAACAUAGUUGAGACAAGGGAUUCAGAAACAGAAAUUUGAUAUGGCUGCAUAAUGAACAAGAAAAUAUGAUGUGGCCAUAUUCAGUAAUAUGUAACUGAUGUUCUGAAAUAUACAAGGAGCUUCAGUCGUUGAACAUGUAAAAGGUUAUUUAGGUGUUGACUUCAUUUAAGAUUCACAGAAGAAAAGGAAGAAAAAUUGAACUUACACUUCAUAGAAAGUAUGAUUACUUUGGACAUUCUAUUCUUGAAAAUAGCUGGUGGCCACUCUUGAGAAUGACUAGUUUAGACUGCCUUGCCAAGGAAGUUUAACUGUGACAUCUGGUCAGACCAGGGGCAUGCUGGAGCUGGUUCACACAGAUUCAGAUCAGCUGGUGUAUAGAAAUUUAAUACAUGUUAAAAAAUGCCCUGGAAUUAUGCCCAUCCCAGCCAGAUGCUAUAAAGCAAGUGCGCCAUUUGGAGUGGUGACCUUGGUGACAUUGCAUUACAUUACAUUACGUUACAUUCAUUUUUAAAGCCAACAGGCUAGUAGUACAGGGUUACAACAAAUGAUUCAUUCCAUUUUAGAACACUAUAUUUUUCAAAGUAUUACACAUACAAACAUAACUGAUACAGGAAAAGAACCGCAAACUCGCCAAGUUUGCAUCAUGGUACAGCAGUUGGCAGCAUGAGUGUAGUGCCUCAGAAAAUGGCGACGAAGCUGGAAAAGAGUUUCUGUGUGGUGGAAUAUGCGAAAUGUAAGUCUGUUAUUGCAGUGCAGCGUGCGUUCAGAGAAGAGCACGGAAAAGAACCACCAUGUAAACAGAGCAUUCUGUGGUAGUAUCGGCAUUUUAAGGAUACUGGUUGCCUGUGUAAACUGAAAAGCAUGGGGCGACCAAGAGUGUCAGAUGAAACAGUGGGGAGAGUGAGGGAGAGUUUCACGCGCAGUCCACAAAAAUCAACUGCCAAUGCAAGCCGCGAACUUGGAAUCCCGCAACAAACAAUUUGGAAGAUUCUGCAAUGGCUGUUAAAAUUCAAACCUUACCAUAAGUUUAUGGUUCUUUUCAUGUAUCAGUCAUAUUGUAUGUAUAAUACUUUGGAAAAUAUAUUGUUUUGAAAUUGAAUGAAUAAUUGUAGUAACCCAGUAUAAUGCAUGUACUACAUAUGUACAUGUCUCUGUGGCCUUUUCCAUUGUGGAAAGUAGGCUGUUAAACAAAUGUCGACUGGUAACUGAGCAUGUGAAGUUGUAGUUAAAACUAUGGCAGCACAUCCCUGUGUCAGGCCAUUGUCACAUCUUCUAAGUACUCAGAAUGAUAAAUAAAUUGAAUGAGACAUUUACAAUAUUCUUGAAAGAAAGAGGAAAAUAGUAAAUCAAGUUAUAGAAGUGGCUUUUCAGAUGAUACCGAAACAAAGGUUGUUCCCUUUCAGUUAUGUUGAGUAGGAAGUUUGCUACAGUAUAUGUGUGUUCAUUAUGAUGUUUUAUAUGUUUCCAACAUUCCACCAAGUCAUUGUGAUAUUAUGAAACUGUGUAGGGUGAUCUCAGUGCUUGUGUGAUGCAUACUGCAGGCAGCUCAUUGUCAGUUUGGCAUUGAACAAAUGAAUUAUAUAUUCUCAUAACUUUGUCAGAAAUUUUAGUAAAUUUUUUAUCAUAAACUUUUUUGAUAUGAUAUAUGUGUUAUAUUAUUUAACAAUACUUUAAAGCAGUUGUCUGGCUAGCAGAGGUCACUUUUUUUGUGGCAGAGAAUUAGUCUUUUCUAUUCCACUGUUGGAGUAUGCCCACCCUUGCUGAGUUCUUGUCACACUUUCAAGUCAGGCAGUGACUGACAUCUUUCUUUCCUUCCUGUUACUCAUUUGUGAUUAGUGUAAAGCCUUCAUGCCAGUAAAAGAUAGGUUCUGCCCUCUAUUUUCUAUGUUACUGAUUAUGUACUGUUAUCCUUGAUUGUUUCUGGUUGACAAAAUUUUGUAUGCAAAAAAUGCUAAUAUAAGUAAAUGAUCUUUGGUACAAAGCUCCCAUUUCCUACCUCAGACAAAAUGAGGUCUGUAAACCCUGUCUUCUUGCUGUUGUUCUCAUCCUGUCAUUGAGAAUAUAAGAAACUGCACUAUGGGCACUCCAACCUCAGAAAUGAAUUUCUUUUACUUACUGAGUUGUCAGGGGCUAGUUCAUGAGAUGUUUGUCACAACAACAAUGACAGCAGUAGAAAAUGUACACGCAAAAAUGAGAAGGGUGGAAAGGGUAAAAAUUGUAACUAUUGUAACUAUUUCUAAUAAAUCUUCAGUAGCAUGUCCAAGGUUUUAAAUAAUUACCACUAAUAUUUAUGGUUAUAUUUCUGUAAGAUCACACAUGGUUUCAAACACAUAUUUUGAAUGAAGUUGUUUGUGAUUUUAAUUAUGUAAAACAUAUGUUCUUAUGUUUGUUUCCUGCUCUGAGAUAAAGACAAGUAUAAACUUGCGAUAAACAAUGCAAAACCCAGUCAUUCCCUUAUAACUGAAACAUAAAUGCCAUUGCAACAUUCUCAUACAUUUAUUUGGUGUCUCAUCUGUCACAUAAAUGUCAUGACAGUAUUAAAUUUCUUGUUCACAUGUAAUUAACAAUAGCUAAAUUUUGCACAGUGUAGAAUUUAUUGCUUAUCAUAUUGGCAUUUAAUGCUGUAACCACAUUCCAAUUUAUUUUGCAUCUAUUGACAAUAUAUGCAUUGUUUACAAUGUUGACAAUCAAGUCUCCUGUUCCUUAUUACCUUAACUUUUCAACUGCUACAUCAUGGGCCAUUGUAUUCUGUCACCAUAUUUGAAAUUCUGCAGGCUUUUAGUUUGCAGUGACAAUAAUUCCUUUGCAGUUUUCAGGCAUGCAACAAAUUAUGAUAUAUCUUUUUCCCAUACCAUCAGGAUGUGGUAUAGCUUCAAAAUAGUGGACAGCUGUUAUGAAAAAUACAUUCUAGAAAAUAGUGCCAUUUUCCUAUGUUUUUAUACCAUUGAUAAAAUUAAUUUGAUUGCAAGAAAACAGCAUUCCUCACUGUUAAAUGAAGAAUACUGAUGCUGUGUUGUCCAGUAGAGGUUUUAUGAUAUUUUGGAGCAAUUGUGAUGAAGUUCUACUUCACUACACAGCAUCACAUCCCAGAAGACAGCACUAUUUAUUGUCACUGCCCUGAGAACUUCAAAUCUCAUGGAGGAGAAUUAGAUUAAUUAAUGUAUGCCUAACAUAACAGUUCUUGUGUAUUGGCUCUGUUAUUGCCUCAGCAGCAUAGAGAUAUAUUAUCUUUAAUUGUUUAGAAAACCAUAAGAUUUGCAAAGAAAGUGCAUUGGGCAUAAAAUGUAUGUUUUUUUCCUCUACAACUUCUGUUUGAAACAUUUUUCACUGUAAUAAAUAUUGGCAGAUUGGCAUGCAAAAAUUUGUGUGAAGUGCUUGUGUUCAAUUUUAACCAAAAAUUGGAUGUGUUGGCAGAUUUAAGUAGAACUCCCCAGUGACAAAUUUAAUAAAGAUCUGAGAUAUAUUCUUAAGUUGUUUACAUGCAGACAAAUAUGGUGAAGCUGAUAGCAUUUUUAUGGAUUUUCAUUGCUGUCACAACAAGUUUUUCCUGGGUAUUUCUACAGUUCAUUCUGUUUUGCACUCAUAAAUUUACAAGAUUUUGUUGUUAUGGGCUUCACCUUUAAGUGUAGAAUUAUUUUAGCUGCAUACAUUUUUACUUGGAGCAGGAGGAACCAUGUUUGAAUCCAGCAUUAGAAAAUGAACAGGAAUGAGAAAUUUUGGUGAAAUUUAAGAUUUUCAAAACAUUGGGUAUUCUGCUGGAAUGUGACUUCAUGUAAUUUUGUAGGUAGGUAUCGGUGUUUGGAGGCACUGACUGCCUCCAUCUUCAGGACAGGAGAGAGAAGAUGGAGGCAGUGGUGUUUCCUUCAAAACAUUAGUAUCUGUUUACCAACAUACUUGCAAUAACAGUCCAGGAGAUAGUAAUGUAAUGAUUUUAUUGAAACAUGCAUUUAGUCAGUAGACAUAAUCAGUGUUGUGGACUUCCUUCUCUGGUAUGAGAUUUGUAAUGUGGUAAAUGUGUCCAUUUGAAAGUAACUGGAGAAACAAGAGUUGAGAUGCACAUAUUUAUGUAACAGUUAAAUUGUUAAAAUAAUGGUAUCCAUCCCCCCGCCCAAUUUGAAGUACAAUUUUAGAUCUGAUGUGGAACAUGAAUCUACAGAACUGAUCUGUGAAAAGAAUUUCAUAGGCAGUUGUGAUAACUUUAACACUCCAAAUGAUAUUAAUUUUAGUAAGGUGUUCAUAUAUAUGUAAUUUGCCAGAAUUUAAACAAGACAAUAAGUGUACACUUUUUCAAUGUUUCAUUCUCAUUUGGUGUAACUGUAAGUCACUUACUGUAGUACUUGAAGCUGGGAUCUGAUAUUUAAUGCUCUGUCAGUAUUUUAUAUACAGGGGAUUUCAACACAUUGUAUGAGACCAAAUUUGGUUAUUUGACUGGCCCAGAAUACUUAAAUAAAAGAAUGGACCAGGUGAACAGAUCCAGACGUGAGAUUAAUUCUGUACUGUAGAUUGGAUGUCCCUGAACUGUCUCAUAAUACCAAUUUAGAAGGGUGAGGUAAAACUUUCUUGGUCUUUGUACCAUGAAAUAUAAGUCUAAAAAGUCUGACAACCACUUUUUAAUCUCCUCAGUAGAAGUGCUGUGAUAAGAGAUGCCUUGAACACUGAGUGUGAACCAAAGGUCUUGGAAUUAUAAGUGCUCAGCUUGAUGCCCUAGCCACUUUGCCUCUGAGCAGGUAGCCUCAGUACCUACCAAACAGGAUGCUCUGAAAGCCCAAGAACCAUUGUGGACAAAAUGCUGAAGAGAGUAAGCUCUGUGUCUACCAGGAAUUGAAACUCAGUUCUUGCUGGCAGUUUAUGGGGCCUUAAUCGACCUUGGUACAGCAGGAAUUAAUACAACAAAUUCAGAAGAAAAAUUACAUUUUAGUAAAUACAUAGCUUCAUAUAAUUUAGUACUUCUUGUUAUUGUUUAAAUAACCAUACUUUUAAUUUGAAAGAAUAUGUAUUAAUGGUAGAGAGGUGGCAUGCAAUAUUGAAAUUAUGUCUCAGAUGCAAAUGAUUGUUUGAUUCUUAUGAUAUUUAACAGUGCUAUGUCAACUACUUAUAUGGAAUCAGAUGAGAUGAUAAGAUGGUUUUGGAUGAUGAGUAGGUAACAAUUUUGAAGAAGGAAAUCAUGGCCUGUUUCAGGGCACAGCCCGAGUAUUUUCUUGGCGAGACUGAAAAAGAUCAUGAUGAAAGUCUCAGUGAGGGAGAGCCUAGUCAACAUUCAAGUUAGAUACAUUCCAAAUACAAAUCACAGUAUCACUGAUGCACAAAUAUGCUAGAUUGCUAAGACAUGAAAGUCCAGUCCAGCACUCUGUUACUGAGGAGGUUGAUUGUCAGAAUGUUUCACAAAUUACUCACUUGUUAUGAACUAUAAUUCUGAGUUUUAUGCCCUGCUGUAUUUUGCAAAGAAGGUUCGUAAGUCGUCGCAUAACAUGGCGGGGAAUAUCUGGGUCUUGGGUCCAGAACCCGUGAUAUUUGCCAUAUGUGACAAAAUGAAAAAUCUUUCCAGGAGCUGAAGUUCUGUGACCUCUAGUGAGUUCUUUUCCUGAUUGUUCCAUGAAGAGAUUUUCUAAGUGAUCAACGUGUAAAUUACUUCUUUUCACAUUGUCUGAAUUUUAUGAAUGGCCAGUUAGGAAUGGUGGGGCUAUUAGAAUGUUAUUUGUAAUGUUACUGUCAUCAUUACAGACAGGUCGCUCACAUUGCAAGGAUUGUGUUCCUGGAAGCUGAAACUUUUUGCAUUUUUGCACUAUCCAUUACAUCAGUGAGAAACAAAAAGUUACAGAUCAUCGGGAACAUUUAAUCCUUAAAAAGAGUUUAGAACUACUGUCAUUUGUUGAAAACACUUAGAUGUCAUAAUGCCAACUUGCUACAGAGGAAAAUGUAUAUAAAUGACUUUGGCAUCAGAAGUUGAUUAGUGAAGGAAACAGGCAACAUAAAUCCUCUAAUACACAUAUUCAUUUACACCCAUGCAGGCAUCAAAUGUCGUUGGACACUGGCAGGGGGAAUGGGGAGACAUCUUGUGACAUGCUAUAGACCAAUAUAUUUGUACUGAUGAAAAUGAAGUUUGUAUAACCACAAGUAAAAUUAGGAUUAAAUUCCAUCAGAUGCAACAGUGUUUUUAAUAAUAAAAUCAGCCUUUAUGCAUUUUGGCCGAUGCUGGUCAUAAUCAGAAAGCAAUCAACGCUUUAAAGGAAGCGCUUCACAUGUAUUGGAUGCAUGUGUUGCCUUGCAAGGGUUAAAAUAUAUAUAUAUAUAUUUUUUAAUUAACAGAAUUUUCAAUUGAGUGGAAUCUUACUGUGAAGCCCAGUGAUGGUGAUGUUCCUUCACAAUAGGUUGUCUGCAAAUGUAAUAAAUUACUCGGUUCUGUAUUUGCUCGUGUUUUCAUAUAUACAGUUGUAUAUUUUAUGUAUGUAUGUGCAAAUAUGAUAUGGGAAUUUUUGAUACUAUAUUUAUUCCUAUUAUAUUAGUCACUAAUGAUUAACAGUUCUCCUUACCUGUGUCAUGUUGGUCCUGUGUGGUGCAGUUGGGGUAGUGAUGUUGUAUGCAGUGUGUUUUGGUGAACAGAUAUCCUGUAGUAAUAUGGAUUUUACGAGUGUGUGUUUGUGUCUGCACAUGUAUUGUAUAUUAUGUCUAAUAAUAUAUUGCCAUGAUUGUUUUCAUCAGUUUAUUGCUCGUCUAUUAUUGUAUUAUUGUGUGUGUUUAGAUAAAUUGAGAUUUUUUUUUAUAUUCAUCAUUUGGCCUCUUAUAAAGUAGUCGAUUUUCUUUGUAAUAUCCCAUGUUGAUGUACAAGGGCUAUUCAGAAAGUAUUCUCGAUUUAUUUUAGGCAACUAAUACAGGAACAGGGGAAAGCUUGCACGUGCCAGGUAGCAUCACAUGGCCAACAUUGGGCUUCACAGCAAGAUAUUCUACUCAAUCAAAAAUUCUGUUACUUUUCAAAAAACAUAUUUUAAAUAUGUUAACCCUUGCAAGACAGCACACGCAUGUAGUACAUGUGAAGCAUUGCCUUUAAAGUGUCUGUUAUCUUCAGAUGUUGAUCACCAUUAGCUGAAACAUGUAAAAGCUUUAUUUUAUUAUUAAAAGACAUUGUUGCAUUUGAUGAAAUGUAAUCCUAAUUUUACUUGUGCUAUAGGAUGCAACAGUUGAGAGCAAUGUCUGACAUAAAAAUUAGUAGAAUCACAUUCAGUUUUAUAUAACAGCCUGAUAUUGAUGUUGCCAGAUAUGUAAGGACAACUUGAAAAUAAUGUUAUUAUUUUAUUUGUAGAAUUUUAUUACAUGGAGACUUCUUCAUUCCAGUAUAAAAAUGGUACUAAAUUUAUUUGGGACAUUUAUAAACAGAUCUCAAGAUUGUAAUGAAACUUGGUAACACCUUAAGUCUGAUCACUACAUAUUUUAUUUUGUAUUAUUUAUGUAACUAUGUAGUGGCUUGCUGGUUACUGAGAAUUGCAGAUAAUAGAUAGUGACUGUGAAAAAUUCAUAAUUGCCAUUCAUGAAGAAUGACAUGUGAUAAGUUCUUUGUAUGUAUAAUCUGUAAAGAGCUGCUGAGAAUAAUUCAUUCUUUGAAUUUUCUCAUGCUGUGGCUUAUAUGCAUGUACAUAUUAUUGAAUUCUGUUCAGAUGUUGUGUUUUCCUUGAAGUAUAUGAAUGUGGAGGAACAUGGCUGCAAUAGAUAUUGGUGCACUUGACAAUUCAAAGAUAGUAACCCCUUUUGCCUUUGUGGGCUUGGCAUGUGUUAACUUUUAACCUUCAGAGAAGAGCCCUUGUGUUUCGCAAUGUAAAAAUUGUUUUCAUGGACUGUGACAUAAUUUAUCAUGAUCUGACACAAAUUUUUCUUAAUAUAAAACAUGAGCCAAAUGAAUCUGCUGCAACACAGAACAUGAAAAUUACUUCAUCUCUCCCAUCCCUCCAUCACCCUACUUGCCACAGAGUUAAUGUUCUAUCGGCUGGGGUGCUGAUACAUUUACUUAUCAGUCCCAGGGCCAGAAAUAUUCUUUUUUAUAUGUCACGCAGAUAUUAUGGCCUUGUUCUGAAAGAAUUCACUGUGCCAUUCACUGCACACAGUAUUUCACUGUUAAGUCCAAAGAAUGACAGAGGAAGUUGGAUUCAGCAUAUGAUAUGUUUAAAUGUUGUAUUAAUAUUGUGACUGGAGCCAGACAAUGUGGAAAAUGUGGUGGUCGUGUCCCCCUCUUCAUAUUUUUUGGGAGGUUAUGAAUACUGUAGGGUGUAAACUCUGUAAACAACAAAGCUUCCAUACAAACUUCCAUGCAUACAUUAUGAUCAUGGCUUUCAGUGAUACUGGAACAGUGAGUGAUCAUUUUGUUACCACUGUUAAAAUACUUAUUGCAUAAUAUUCUUGUAGUUCUCUCAAAGAAACAAUAUUUUUACAAUCACUAGAAUUAUUUUUCACCUGUCACCUUGGUUAUCAGUGCAUUUCCCUCUUGCAUAUAUAUUGGCAGAUGUUUGGUUUGAGCUUUAACAAAGCAAUGGUGUACGGUGUGAGAUGGCCUCUUAAUUUUAUUAUGUCCCAUUUCCAGACUGAAGCAUAAGUAAAAGUAUAGUUCAACAAUAUUCCAAAAAGUUGCAUGGCACAUCUGUAAGAUAUGGCUGCAAUAAUUAGAUAUAAUUAGGAGAUUCUUUCACUUAACAUUUAAAUAUCUGAGUGAGGAAAUAUUUAUAUUACAUCCUACAUUUGGCACAGUAAGUCAGUAAAACAUAGGUAUCAUUUGCAUGUAAGAUUGGGAAUUUGUUCCACAUCAUAUUUAAUUGUGUAAUCUGCAUAAAAUUUAUAGUUGUUGUAUCUCAAUAACAUGUCUGGCUAUAGAUUGGGCAGUUGGAGUAUGGUUUUGCUGGGGAUUUGCUCUUCAUUGCUUCAUGUCAGACUACUCUUAUUCCUCAUGUGGGACUUCUUGUCUGGGGAUAAAGAUGGUCAAAUAUGAACCUGACCACCUACCCCCAUCUAAAGCCAAGGUACAAAAUGCAUAAAGCUUUAUCUUCAUACCCAUAGAUCACUUCAUAUUUCAUAUUUAUUUUGCAUUCAUACUGUUACAACUGCAACACUUGAACAAGUCAACUCACUAGAUACAUCAUUGUUAAAAGCUCUAUAAUCCUAGAAUGUAUUAGACUAAAAAUAAAAACUGUACUUGCCUUACAACAUCACUAAGAAUUUUAAAAAUAUAACAAUAACUACUACAAUUCCCUUUUCUUCUCUUUUUUUGUUAAUUAAAAAAAACCUUGCUAUGCUUCCUCAUGUUCCUGUUGGAGAAACUCAUUCAAUGUAUAG